ACGCUUAUGGAAGCGUUUCUCGUUUCCUAGCAGCUUCUGAUAUUGCUUUCCUUGGUUUAUGAUCAUAAUCAUUUAUAAAUAUUGGAUGGGUCUUCAGGACGUUUUAAUUGGAAGAAGUCUUGUGGUUUGUUUGUACGCUCUUGGCAGUUAAGGAUCACAUAAACAUCGCUUGUGAUUUGCUCGUCGUAAGGUCAACAUUUCGAAUAAUUUUCCUAAUUAGGAUUCUCUUUAACUGCACGAAGCUUUCUAUCUGUACUGACAGGAAAGGAUACGCUAAGGAGGAUGAAAUGGGAAAGGAAAUUUCAUUGGCGUUAAACAUAACCAUAUAUCCAUGAUAUGAUGGACUGGAGCGACGACUGUGCUCUCACACAGUAAUUAGUAAGGCGCGAGAUACAAAACUGUUUACAGUUCGCGGUUCAAAAGUUUGAUCAGGAUUUUCUUUUACAUCGACUUGGACACACAAUUAUGUCUUAUAUUCCUCCACCAACACCGACCUUCGAAAAAGACAGGAUAAGAGCGUUGAAAAAUGAACGAAUCAACUCUCAAAAGAAAACUUUCACUAAGUGGGUUAAUUCCUUUCUUGACAAGCACAACAGCCAUGUAGAUGACCUAUUCACUGACCUAUCUGAUGGCAGAUUAUUAAUUUCUCUUCUUGAGAUUAUUUCUGGUGAAAAACUGGGAAAAAUUGCUCGUGGAAAGCUUAGGGUGCAUAAGAUUGAAAAUGUGAACAAAGCCCUUGAAUUUCUACAGCGCUCUGUGAAGCUUGAGAGCAUUGGAGCUGAAGAUAUAGUGGAUGGCAAUGAACGUUUAAUCCUAGCUGUGAUUUGGAUGAUUAUUCUGCGAUUCCAAAUUGCAGAUAUUUCCUAUCAGGAUGAAAUGUCUCAGGAGAAAAAGUCUGCCAAAGAGGCCCUCCUGCUUUGGUGUCAGAGAAUGACAAGAGGGUAUCCUGGAGUUGACAUCCAAAAUUUUACCACAAGCUGGAGAAAUGGUUUGGCUUUUAAUGCUCUCAUUCAUAAACACAGACCUGAUAUAAUAAACUAUGGUACCCUACGCCCCAGCCAGCAUGAGGCAAACUUGAACAAUGCUUUCAACGUUGCAGAGGAGAGAUUAGGAAUUGCUAAACUAUUGGAUGCAGAAGAUGUGGACUGCCCAAGGCCAGAUGAGAAGUCCAUCAUGACAUAUGUGUCAAUGUAUUAUCAAUAUUUUGCCAAAAUGAAGACAGAAGAAACAGGAGGAAGACGUAUUGCAAAGAUCCUUGGGAUUUUAAUGGAGGUGGAACAGAUGGAGAAGAUGUAUGAACAGAUGGUAUCAGACUUGUUAAACUGGCUCAACACUAAGAUUGUAGAGCUUGGUAGGCCAUUCCAGAAGUCUAUGGUAGCAGUUCAGAGGGAGAUGGCAUUAUUUAAGCAUUUCAGAACAGUUGAAAAGCCACCAAAAUACUCAGAACGAGUGAAUAUCGAAGCCCACCUCUUCAGCUUACAAACGAAACGAAAGGGUAACAAUCAACAACUUUACAUACCCCCUGAGGGUAAAUUAGUGAUGGACAUUAACAGGGCGUGGCAGGUUAUGGAGAGUGCUGAACAUGACAGAGAAAUGGCGCUACGCCAGGAAUUGAUAAGGCAAGAGAUGCUUGAAAAACUAGCUGACAAGUUCGAAAGAAAGGCUUCCCUUCGCGAGUCUUGGUUGGAUGAUAUGAUGCAUGUUCUGGAAGGAGAGGCAUUGGGUCAAGACGCGGCGACCGUAGAGGCGGCUUUUAAACGACAUGAAGCCAUAAGUACCGACGUCAAGGCCAGGGAAGAACGUUUUCAAAUGGUCUUUGACCUGGCCCAGGAACUAAUUGAUGAAGAUUACCACAGAUCUGAUGUUAUCAGUGCAAGAGAAGAGGUUAUUAUGACCAAAUGGGACAAGCUGAUCGGUAUGUUAGAGGCGAAGCGUUCAACUCUGGUGGGUUUUAAGGAUCUUGUCGGUUUGUUCAGAGAAAUGGAUGGUGCACACGGUGACAUGCAGGAUAUUGAGUCGGCUGUGAGAUCUGAGGACUAUGGCAAGCAUCUGUUAGAUGUGGAAAAUCUUCUACACAAGCACAGUUUAAUUGAAUCGCAAAUUCAGUCUCAAGGGGAAAGUGUCCAGAGAAUCAACAACGUGGCGCAGAAAUUUAUCAAAGCAAAGCAUCCGGAAAGUCGGGUCAUCAAAGAAAGACAGUCACUUCUUGCUCAAGCAUUUGAGGCGUUAAUUCAGCUGGGAAAGGAGCGUCGCGCAAGGCUUGAAGAUUCCCUGAGACUCUACAAAUUCUUUGGAGACAUGGAGGAAGAGGAGAUGUUCGUCAAAGAAACGGAAAAAGUUCUCUCAUCAAAAGAUGUUGGAAACGAUCUGAUAAGCUUGACAAGACUCCAACAGAAACACAAGGCUCUGGAAGCAGAGUUAAGUGGCCGUUUUGCGCAUUGUGAAACAGUCUGCGCCAAAGGGCAGUCGCUCGUUGACAGAAGUCACUACGCUUCUAAAGAGAUCAGAGCAAAGAUUAAACAGCUGCAGAACAACUGGAUGAAACUAAGAGAACUUUUAAUCACAAGAUCAGAGAGAUUAAAAGAUGCUGCACAAUCGUUACAGUAUUACUCAGAUUCUAAUGACGCGGAAUCUUGGAUGAAAGAGAAAAUGUACGUCGCGAGUAGUGAAGAUUAUGGCAGGGACGAACAGAGUGCAAUGUCCUUGCUGCAGCGACACACGAACGUGAUAGACGAGAUUAAAGGUUUUGCUGAUGACAUGAAUCGCUUGAGGGAACAAAGUAAACUGAUGGAGAGCAACGAACAGGCGGUUCAGACAAAGGUGGAACUGUAUGAAGAGGAAGCUGAGGUGGAGACAGACGAAGAAGUCGAGGAAACCGUAGAAAGAGAAGUUAUGAAAGACGUUGUACAGGAAAUUAAAGUCCCACAAGUAAAAGCUCUGCACCCGUUUGCCGGACAAGGGCUUAAAAUUACCAAGGGAGAGGUAUUCUUUUUGAUUUCAAAGACGAACAAAGAUUGGUGGAGUGUGAGGCGUUUGACCUCCAAAGAAGCAGGUUACGUCCCUGCUAACUACGUUAAAGAGAUUGAGGCCAGGACAGUAAAGAAAACGACAAAACAGAAGGUCAUCGUUCCCGAGAAGGUUUUGGUAAAACGAAAAGUGAAGAAGAAAGUCAAGAUUCAGAAGCAAAGGGAAGUGAAAGUCAAAACUCCUGAAAAGAAAGGAAAAUCUCGCCGACCAGUUAGACGUCAUUUCACGGCCCAUUUUGAUCGCGACAACGUUGCUACGCGUCAGAUCUCACUGCAGAACAUGUACUCUAGACUGGUGGAAAUGGCCGAGAUUCGCCGUGAGAAUCUGGAGAACUCCAUCAAAUAUUUUCACUUCAGUCAUGAAUGUGAUGAUAUCGAGUUUUGGAUGAAAAACAAGGAAAGUCAGCUUACUUACAACAGUGCGUCUGAAUCAGACAACGACAUUCAUGUCAUCCGCAAAAAUAUUGAGGGUCUCACGACAGAGCUAACAGCUAACAGCAACCGUAUAGCUGAGAUAAACUCGUUAGCAGAUCAGCUGAUAGACACGGAUCACAGGCAUUCGGCUGCAGUGAAGAAAAGGAGGAAGGACAUAAACGACAUGUGGGAAAAUCUUCAGCGGUUAAAAAAAGCCAAAGAAGAGGAACUGCGUGAAAAACAUGGGAGCUUUACAGAGGAGACACCAAGGUUUCGAAAGAGAUCUCGCUGCUGUGGAAGAAAAACUUGUAAAGUUACAGGACCAAGCAAAAUCCCUUGUUUCCCAUCAUCCUCGACAAGCUCGUCAGAUCAAAGCUAAAGAAGCGGAAAUUAUUGGAUUAUGGAAUGGCUUGAAGGGUAAAGCAAGUAAAAGAAAGAAUGUUCUGGAUGAAGCGUACGGUCAGCAGGGCUUCCUUGCUGAUUCAAGAGAUCUGUUAUCCUGGGCCUCAGACAUGCGUGAGUCGCUUAGAAUUGGAGACACACCGAAAGACGUGAACAGCGCCAAACAACUUCUUCAAGAACACGAAGGAAAGUGGGAAGAUAUUCAAACACACAACGACAGAUUUGACCAGUUAAUAGAAUAUGGUCAGCGGAUGGUCGCCUCAAACCCACGAGUGAGACAGUUAAAGGACAGAGUAGCAGCUUUGAAGAAAGAGAAGGCAGCACUGAAGGACACUUGGGUUGAAAGGAAUGAGGCACUAAAUGAAGGCCAAGAUUUGCAGGCGUUCAUCCGAGAUGCGGAAUACGUAGAUUCCUUGUCAGCUUCCCAUGAGGCAUUUCUCUCUAAUGAUGAUCUCGGGGAUUCUGUGGAUGAUGUUCUAAUGCUCCUGAAACAACAUGAGAAUUUUGAGAAGACGCUGACAGCACAGGAAGAGAAGCUACACUCGUUAAAUGAUAUGGCGAACAGCUUGGUCACCGCUGGUCACCGCGACAGACAAUGGAUUUCAAAACGGAAAGACGAAGUCCUCAAAAGAAGACAGAAUGUCAAACAACUGGCUGCUAAGAGACGACAAGCUUUAAAGCAAUCUCAACUGCUUCAGAACUUCAAGAGAGAUACACAAGAGUUUGAGGCUUGGAUUCAAGAAAAACUUCAGAUUGCCACAGACGAAUCUUUUAGAGAUUUGACCAACAUACAGAGAAAACUUCAGAGACACCAGGCAUUUGAAGCCGAAAUCGCAGCCAACAAAGGUGGCUUCGAUAGUGUGAACGUGAGUGGGAAGAAGUUGAUUCGCGAAGGGCAUUAUGGUUCUAAAGAAAUCAAGGACUUAUUGGGAAGGUUAAAUGAAAGUUGGAGCGAGUUAGUCAGCAAGUCCGCCGAUAAAGGUUCCAGAUUACAGCAGGCUCAGCAGCAGCAACAGUUCAACCGAGCUAUGGAAGACGUCAAGGUUUGGAUGAAUGAAGUUGAAACACUAAUGUCCCUUGAAGAUCUGGGCCAUGACUUGUCUAGUGUCAAGUUCCUCCUCAAGAAACACCAAGGAGUGGAGGCUGAUAUCGAGGUUCACGAUGCUCAGAUUCAGUCCCUUUGCGACCAAGCCCAGGUCUUGAUCGAAGAUGGUCAUUUUGAUGCGGGGAAGAUUGAGCAGGCAACAGAGAAUGUAUUGCAAAGAUUUGACGAACUGAAAGAACUGUCCUCCAACCGUCAGUCACAACUUGAAGACUCACUCGGUCUUCACCUGUUCUUUUAUGACAUUGAAAUGGAGAUGGCCUGGAUACGAGAGCACAUGACCAUGGCAACCUCGGAGGACCUGGGUACGAGUUUAAUUGGAGUUCAAAGACUACGGAAAAGACACUUGGCACUGGAAAAUGAACUUUCCAACCAUCAAUUUCGUAUCGACACUGUGUUAGCUUCCGGUCAGGAUUUGAUCGACAGCAAUCAUUACGCAGCCGAUGAAAUAGAAGAAAGAUGCGAGGAACUGAACGAGAGUUGGGAACUACUCAUGAAGGCUGCCGCUGAGCGAAAACAAAGACUUAGCGACGCUCUGGAAUCACAGAAGUACUUUACAGAGGCCAAUGAAGCGGAUUCUUGGAUGAAUGAUAAGGCUGGUCUGGCAGCCAAUCAGGAUUACGGAAAGGACGAGCUCUCCGCCGAAAAGCUGCUGACCAGGCACACUGCUUUACAAACAGCAGUAGAUACCUAUAGUCCGAUCAUCCAAGGUCUGGGCGAGCAGGCGAGGAAACUGGUGCAGAGUGGUCACUUUGCGGCUGAAAAGAUUGCCUCCAGACAGCGUGACAUAGAGGAACAGUUUUUAGGGCUGCAGACGCUGACCAAUACGCGCCUUCAAAGACUGGAAGAGUCCAAGAAACUACAUCAGUACCUGCGUGAAGUGAAUGAAACCUCUGAGUGGAUUACAGAACAGCUUCAUGCUGCUUCGGCUGAGGAUUAUGGGAAAGAUUUUGAGCAUUUGGAGGUGAUUCAAAGGAAGUUUGAGGACUUUCAACGCAGCGUCGUGGCUAAAGCUGAACGAUUUAGCGAGGUGGACAACUUUGCCAAACGUCUUGUGGCUGAAGGUCACACUGACACGGUGAUCAUCAAAGAACAACAAGAUAUUCUGAGAUCCAUGUGGGCUCAACUUCAGGAUCAAAUCAAGCUCCGCACUAAGCGACUCGCCAGCGCCGCAGAGAUUCACGGGUUUAACAGAGACUUGAACGAGCUGAUCACUCGUCUCCAGGAAAAGGAUUCCUCGCUCUCCAUGGAGGACCUGGGUCGAGACAUGGCUAGCGUCCAGGGCCUUCACCGGAAGCACGAAGGACACGAAAGAGACUUGGUUGUGGUGCAGCAACAAGUUGAAACAUUAACAGCUGAGUCAGGAAAAUUGCAAGCUGCAUAUCAAGGUCACACAGCUGAGAGCAUUAAAAAGCACGAAGAAUUUGUACUGAGUUUGUGGGAUGAGCUGAAAAGGAAAACAACUCGGAAGAAAUGCAAGCUACAAGAUUCAAGCGAUUUCCACAAGCUUAACAACGAGAUCCGGGACCUUGUGUCAUGGUGCAUUGACAUGAGCCGCACCAUCUCAUCUGGUGAACCUGUGCAUGACGUAGUAGACGCCGAGGCUCAGUUGAGGAGGAUUGACGAGCAUCGCGCUGAGAUGGAUGCGCGAGAAGAGGGCUUCCAAAAAGUCAUGGAGAUUGGUGAGAGGAUGAUUGACAAUGGCCACUUUGCAGCAGACGAGAUCGCAGAGAAGUUGGAACUGUUACUAACCGAACGUGAAAGUUUGUUUGCAACAUGGGAAGAUAACAAAACAGAACUCGAUCAAGCGUAUGACCUGCAGGUGUUUCUCAGAGAAGCGAAACAAAUCGAUACCUUAACAAGCACACAAGAGGUUGUACUCGCCGGAGCAGAACUGGGAAGUAGCGUGGACGAAGUCGAUUCGCUACUCAGGAAACACGAAAACACAGAGAAGCUCGUUGCCUCACAAGAUGAGAAAGUGGCAAAUCUUUGUGAAUUUGGAGACACUUUGGUAGCGAACAGUCACAGCGAAUCUGAGAAAAUACAGGGCAGAGUUCAUGGCGUGUGCGAACGGAGAAACAAAUUAAAUGAAGAGCUGCUGAAAAGAAGACACAAACUGGAGGAUUCGAGAAAGAUCGCGCAGUUUUAUCAAGACGUUGUUGAGGCCGAAUCCUGGAUAACAGAGAAGCUCCAAACUGCCAGCGAUGACAGUUACAAAGACCCAGCUAAUUUGGAAACUAAGCUACAGAAGAACAAAGCUUUUGAAGCGGAGCUUACUGCACACGAGGAAGCCAUUGACGCUGUUCGGGAAACUGGUGAAGAGCUUAUCACAUCUGGGCACUUUGCGGCUGACGAAGUGGAACGCCGAAUCGAGGCUCUGUACCUUCACUGGGAGGAACUCUUGGAGGCGUCAGCCAAUAAAGGAAAGAGAUUAGAGGAGGCGAGGGAUCAUCAGAAAUUUACCCAAGAAGUCCACUUAGUUGACUCGUGUAUCAGCGAAAAGGAAGCAAUUGUUUCUUCAGAUGACACUGGACGAGACAUAGAGCACUGUGUCCGACUACAAAAGAAAAUGAAAGAAUUCGAUAAAGACUUAGCAGUAGAGGCUGCACGGGUAGAGACGAUCAACAAACUGGCCGAGAAACUCAUAUCGCAGGCACACGCUGGGUCUGCGGAUAUCACCCAACGUCAGAAGGCGCUGAACGAGCGUUGGAAUCGCCUGCAGGAUCGAGCCAGCGAGAGGCGUCAGCGGUUAGCAGAGGCUUGCGAGAUGCACGCGUUUGACAGAGAUUGUAAUGAAGUAUUUGAAAUGAUCAGUGAAAAGGCUGUGAUAUUUUCUAGUGAUGAUUACGGCCGUGACUUGCCUGGUGUCGAGGCUCUGUUGAGAAAACACGACGACCUGGAACGAGAUUUGACAGUCAUCGAAGGUAAAAUGGAGGCGCUCGAAAGCGAGGCUCGUCGACUGGCUAGGUCCCAGCCCCACAUGGUAGCCACCAUUCAGGAGAGGCAAAAAGGAAUUAUAGAAAACUGGGAACGACUGAAUGACUUGUUCGAUGAAAGGAAAGGUAAACUAGAAGCCAACCGACUCUUACAAAUUUUUCAAAUGGAUUACCGCGAUUUGAUGGCGUGGAUGACAGACCUAGCCACGCGAAUUUCAUCCGGGGAAGCUGCUAAGAAUGUCAGAGAAGCAGAGGCGUUGCUCGAACUACAUACAGAGAGAAAGGGUGUGAUCGAGGCUCGCUUGGAGUCGUUCAACAGUGCGCAUGCGUUUGGGCUCAGUUUGGUGGACCAGGGACACUUUGCAGCAGAAGAGAUUCAAGAGAACUGCGAAGAAAUGAGUCUUGUCAAAGACGAGUUGUUGGAGUCUUGGGAAGAGAGACAAAUAGAGUUAUCCCAGUCUUUUGAAUUACAGCUGUUUCUACGGGACGCGGAUCAGGCCGACACAUGGAUUUCAACAAAAGAAGCGUUUUUGCAGGCAGACGAAUCAAGCGACAGCUUGGACACAGUGGAAACACUGCUUAAGAAUCAGCAUAACUUCGAAAAAUCACUGACAGCCUACGAAGAGAAGAUCAAAGCUAUACAACAAUCCGCUGACCAGCUCAUACAGAAGGACCACGUGGACUCGGGCCUAAUUAGCAAAAGAUGCAGAGAAGUGUUGGAAAACUGGGAACGACUGAAAACGCUGGCCACUGCAAAGAUUGGAAAUCUUGGUGAAUCAAGGAAGCUGUUUCAGUUCCUUAGGGAUGCUGAGGAGAUUGAAUCGUGGAUGAACGAGAAACUACAAACAGCUUCCGAGGCAUCGUACAGAGAAACAUCCGAUCUACUUCAAAAACAACAAAAACAUCAAACUUUUGAAGCCGAGUUAGCUGCUAACAAAGGUCAGCUCGACAAUGUGCUUCGCGCUGGACAGACUCUGUCGGAAUCCACUCCCCAAUCACGUGAAACAGUGGAAACGAGGCUUAAAGAUGUCAAAGAGUUGUGGAAGCUUUUGGGGGACAUGUCGAGCAGUAAAGGUCAGCGGUUAAAGGAAGCGAUUCAAAGGCAGACGUUUGAGAAGAACGUUGGAGACUUGGAAACGUGGAUUUACGAAGUCGGAAAUACUUUGGCAUCAAAAGAUUUCGGUAAAGACGUGAAAAGUGCUAACAAUCUCAUCAAGAAGCAUCAGUUGCUCGAAGCAGACAUUACAUCUCGAGAGGAGAGAGUGAACGAGAUACUGAGUCAAGCGAUAGAGUUUGUUGAGGCAGAUCAUUUUGAGAAGGAUGAAAUUGAGGACAGAGCGAAAGCGGUGGCAGAAAGAUUUAAGUGCCUUUCUGAGCCAGCUGAAGCACGAAGAAACAAACUGCAAGAUUCACUCGCUCUUCAGCAGUUCCUCUCUAAUGUGGAAGAAGAGCUGGCCUGGAUACGAGAUGAGGAACCGCUGGCCAAGUCAGAUGACUUAGGGCGCACCCUCAUCGGAGUUCAAAAUCUUGUUAAGAAACAAGAGACAGUGGACUCGGAGAUCACAGCGCAUGAACAGCUGAUAAAUACCGUUAUGUCUACCGCUGACCAACUCAUUGAGCGUGAGCAUUAUGCUUCCGACGAGAUCGAGGCUCGAUGUGCUGACUUGCAAGAAAAAUGGGCCGAGCUGACGAGUUUGUCAGCAACACGUCAUCAGAAUCUGCAGGAAUCCCUCAAGGCUCAGCAGUUCUACACGGAAGUUACUGAAGUGGAGACCUGGAUUCGAGAAAAGUUGCCACGAGUCUCCAGCGAUGACUAUGGCCGGGACGAAACUAUGGCCCAGUCCCUGUUGCGUAAACAUGAGACUCUGGAACUGGAAUUAGACAGUUAUAGGGCAAAAGUCGGUGAUCUCAGAAACACGUGCCAGGUGCUUGUAACAGCUGGGAAUUUCGACGCUGAAAAGAUUCAAAGACGCCAGUCGGAGAUGGAGACUCGUUUUGAACAACUGAGCGAAAAAUCCUCGUAUCGUCGCCAGCGUUUGUUAGAUUCCAACCAGCUGUUCAACUUUUUCCGGGAAGCCGACGAAGUUGAGUCGUGGAUUGCUGACAAGGAAUCGAUUGCCAUGUCGGAUGACUACGGUCGCGAUAUUGAGCAUGUAGAAACUCUACUCAAGAAGUUUGAAGACUUCACACGUGACUUAGUGACUUCUGGCGAGAGGAUUGCUAGCCUUACCACGCAAGCGCAAACUCUUCUGGAUGAGGGUCACAGUGAAGGAGAAGCAAUAGAGAAUCGUAUGGAGGAGGUUUGUUCUAUGUGGGACACAUUGAAAGAGAGAACCAACGCGCGUCUUGAAGCACUGGACCGAGCGAGAGAAAUCCACGCCUUUAAUCGAAAUGUGGAAGAUACAAGGGCCUGGAUCCAAGAAAAAGAGGCGGCUCUUAUGUUCUUUGACGAUGGGGCACGUGAUCUGAGUGGUGUCCAGGCCUUGCAAAGGAAGCAUCAAGGCUUCCAAUUGGAUCUGAAGGCCCUUGGAGAAAAAGUGCAAUCAAUCGCAAACGAAGCAGAGGACCUCGCCUUAAGGUUCCCUGAGGGUCAGGAACAUCUUACAGAACAAAGGGACGAGGUGGUGUCAUCAUGGCGUCGCUUACAGGAGAAAGCCAGCAGUAAAAAAUCCAACUUGACCCAAUCUGAGGAGCUGCAGAAGUUUUUAAACGACUUCAGGGAUCUCAUGUCGUGGAUCAACCACAUGUCAUCUGUCCUCAAAGACGACGAACAGCCUGAUGACGUCACAAGCGCAGAAAACUUUCUGGCUCGUCACCAGGAGCACAAGGCCGAAAUAGACACGCGGCAAAAGAGUGUCAAUGAAUUCUUUGAAGCCGCUGAUACUCUCAUCGCCGACGGUCAUUCUGCGUCUGCAGACGUUAAGGAAAAGAAGCAACGACUUCAUAAAGAGUGGUUGGCGUUGCAAAACACAUGGCAGGAGAAAGGCACAGAAUUGGAACGAAGUAAAGAAGUGCAGGUCUUCAAACGAGAUGCUGACCAAUUGGAAGCGUGGCUCAAUGCACGUGACCUUGAUCAGGAGUCCGGUGACGUGGGCGACUCGUUGGAUGCUGUGGAGGAAUUGAUAAAGAAACACGAGGAGUUUGAGAACAUGGUAUUAGCGCAGGAGAUGAAGUUGUUGGGAAUUAUAAAACUGACUCCACAGGAACAAGGAAUCCAUAAACAGAAGGAAGAAGAAAAUGAGAUGAGGAAGGAAAGAGAGAGACGGAGGAAGCAAGAGGAAGAAGAAAGGAUAGAACAGGAGUUGAGGGAAAAGAAAAGACAGGAAGAAUUGAGGCGAAAAGAGGAAAAUGAUCGGAGAGAAAAAGAAAGGAAACAACGGGAAGACAGAGAUAAAUUACGGGCUUUGGAGGAUAGAAAGAGGGCUGAGGAAACAGCGAAAAUGGACGAGAAAAGGAAGAAAGAAGCACAAAGACAGCGCGUGAUUCCUGAGGAACAAAGGACGCAAGGGGAACAUAGGAAUGCACGUGAUCGGUUCGAUAAAAAUCAAAACUACAAACAGUCAAGUCAGAUUGGUAGUCCAAAAGAUGAGCGCCAGGCUUCCUCAACAUCAGUUAUUGAGGGAAUCUUGCAGCGCAAACAGGAAUUUGAACCGGGUGCGAAAAAGUCGCCGUUACGUGCAUGGAAGACGCUGUACACUGUACUUCGCGGUCACCAACUUUUCUUCUAUCGCGAAAAAAAGGACGCGCAGAGUUCAAACUAUGCUGUUCCUCCCAUUGACGUGAAAGAUGGCUUCUGCGAGGAAGCUAGCGAUGCUGCAAGAAGGAGGAACGCUUUUAGAGUCCUCUGUGAUGACGACUCUGACUAUCUCUUUGUAGCGAAAGAUCCUUCCGAUCUUAAGCGCUGGCUCCGAUGCAUUAGCGAAGCGGCUGGCCAAACGGACCUACCCAGUCCUCCUCCGCCACCUCAAGGUGCGCGGCCAAUAAGUCUGAAGUCUCCACCACGAACCAAAGGCGAGGAAAGCCCGGAAUCCCCGAAGCGAACACAGCCUUACGGUCGAACUUAUAAACCAUUAAUCACCGUUACGAGCUUUGAUGACGACGAGGACGUCCUCAUAGAUCCCCCACCCCCUCCCCCUGUUAGUAUCCUCCCUCCCUCUAUUCCUUCAGACUUUUCCAACAUUGGUGUACCUGUGGGCGGCGAUGUCAAAGAUAAACUUUACCUCGUAGAGGAUUUAGAGAGUCUUCCAUUAGAGCCGGAUGAUCCCCCAACCGUUCCUCCCCCGGAUUUUGCUGACUUUGACGGCCCCUCCGAUGACGAGCUUCCUGUUUUACCGACAUCACCUCCACCAGAGUUUCUCUCUGACGAUGAGAAUGCUUUUGAUAACGACUUUGAAGAUUCCUCUCCUGCUUACAAACCUUCAUUAAUGCAUCACUCUGCUGCAUCUCCCAAGGAGAAGACAGGACCAACCCCUCCCCCAGUGGCACCUAAGCCGGAGGGGCGCACGCGAUCAGACUCCAAUGACUCGCUGCAAAAAGGUCCAAAACCUCCCGUCAAACCUAAACCCAUUUUUGACAGAACUCAUCUGCAUGGACAGCGGUCAUCAGAUAAUGGGCAUGCCCAAGACAUUCCCAGCCCUUUACGGUCAACGGUACACAGCGUGGAGAGUCCGCCUGACGACAAAAAGAACGAAAAGAGGAGAGGAGUUUUGGGAAACAUUUUCAAAAGGAAAAAGUGACACAUGAUAAAAAAUCAAUUUUUUUAAAGACACAUAGAAAUCAAUUUUUUAAAGUAGAAAUUAGCACUUGCUGAAGUGUUUCGAAUUACCAGUUGUGAAGAAUGCAUUUUUAAACUGCUACACAUAUUUUCAUUAGAACUGGAUUUUUAGAGGAAUUGUUAUGUGAUAUUUUUUUAUAAACCAUGUGUCAAAAAUAUCUAUUUAAAUGUAGAUUUUAUAAUAUUUAAAUGUAAAUAAAGUAUUUUUUUACUAUUAGAUAAUAAAAGGGAAAACCUACUCGA